AUGGGCACAACUGGUACAACACUGCGCUGUGCAGUCCUGUGCAGUCCUGUGCAGAGAUGGUGUGACGAGAGAAGGGUUGAUUCGGGUCGAGGGAUAACCGGAACCCACCAAACUGAUUCGAUUGCGGGUUUCGACGGGAGAGACGUUGGACAAACACGGCCGAAAAUCUCGGGGUCCCUUUUUUUCUUUUUUUUCGAUUGCGACGGUGCCGGCGCCGAAAGAGCCGUUUCACAGCGUAACCUCCGGUCUCCUCAUACUCGUAGGGACCCGGGACAAAACACGGCGCUUUAUACUUGUCUAGUGCUCCGAGAGAGGCCUCCCGAGCAACGUAGUGCCGUGCGGGCGUCGUAUGGUGCGUCGGGCGCCGAGCAGACGAGGGGUAAUCAGAGCAGGGGAAGGAGGUGGAGGAGAUGGAGGAGGGGGGCCGCGGUUCCUCACCCCGGUUUGUCUUGUCUCCUCUAUCAAACAUGA